AGUCGAAGAAGAAAUGGCAAAGACGACUGGCAAUGGUGGAGGCUAUUGACCAGUUCAUCAUUUCGGAUCGUAGAGCCUAUCUACAACAACUGGAAAAUGAACGGAAGAGCUUCAAAAAGAAGCUUAAGACACUAGACGCCAGCCUUCAGGCGAAGACGGACAAGAAGGUUAAAGCGAAGAAGAAUGAAUAUGAAAAACUCAAGCGCGUUAUGAGCAAGUCUGAGAGGCGUGUAUUUAUUGAGGAGUACAGGAUCAAACUACAGGACGAGAAUGCGAAGCAGCACAAG